GGACUGUUACCUAGCUCCCGACGACUCAAACGAUAUAAGGCUAGUAGAAGCCACAACACAAGUAAAGAUGAUGCCAAAAAGGUAGCACAAGAGGCAUCCAACUGCCACUUCGAUAGAUGCCCACUACAGUUUCAUAGCCCCCGUUGAGUCCCCGAGGCCUGUUCACCAUGGAACGACUCUUCUCUCUUCUUCUAUGUCUCCUCGCCACCGCCGACGCAUCACCCGCCCGACACGCCGCGGCCAGCCCCCGCGCCGCGACAUUCACGAACCCGGUGCUCUGGGAGGACUACCCGGACCUGGACGUAUUCCGAGUCGGGUCCGUGUUCUACUACUCGUCCUCCACCUUCGCCUACUCCCCGGGAGCUCCGAUCUUGCAAUCCCACGACCUCGUCAACUGGACCCCCGUCACGCACUCCGUGCCCCGACUCAAUUUCGGCCCCCAGUAUGACCUCCCCAACGGCACGCCAGGCGCCUACGUCAAGGGCAUCUGGGCGUCAACCCUCCGCUACCGCGCCUCCAACGACCAGUUCUACUGGUACGGCUGCGUCGAGUCCAACAGAACCUACCUCUGGACCGGCCGCAUCAACAACAACACCUCCUCCACCAGCACCUCACCGUCCUGGACCUGGACCCCCCACCCUCCGCUCCCAACAUGCUACUACGACAGCGGCCUCCUCAUCGACGAGGACGACACAAUGUACAUAGCGCACGGCAAAACCACCAUCCACGUCGCGCAGCUCUCCAAGGACGGCCUGGCCCAAGUCCGCAGCCAAGCCGUCUACACGGCGCCCAACAACGCCUACAUCGAAGGCGCGCGCAUGUACAGGGUGAACGGCACCUACUACAUCCUGGUCACGCAACCCGCGUCGGCCGAGUGGGUGCUCAAAUCGACAAGUGGAAAUCCCUUCGGUCCGUACGAGGCCCGCGUGCUGGUCGAUCGUAUCCCGGGACCGAUUGGCGAUGCCGGGUUUGCGCACCAGGGCGGGAUUGUGGAUACACCCGGGGGUAAAUGGUAUUAUGUCGCGUUUAUGGAUGCGUAUCCCGGCGGGAGGAUCCCCGUGGUGGCGCCGCUAAGGUGGGAUGAGGAUGGGUGGCCGGAGGUCGUGAGGGAUGAAGGAGGGGCGUGGGGGAAGAGUUAUCCGCUGCCGGUAGGAAGUACUGGAAACAGUGGGAAUGCGGGGGUGCAAAUGCAGAGGGAUGAGUUCAAAGGUGGCGAGUUGAGCCAUCACUGGGAGUGGAACCAUAACCCGGAUGAUGCGAAGUGGGAGCUGGAGGAGGAGGGCGAGGGUGGCGGGGGGUUGGUGUUACGGACGGCGAGCGUGACGGGGGAUUUGUUUGCCGCGCGGAACACGCUGACGCGGAGGAUCACGGGGCCGAAGUCGAUGGGGACAUUCAGGUUGGACGUGAGCAGGAUGCGGGACGGUGAUAGGGCCGGGGCGGUGCUGUUCCGCGACCAGGCCGCGUACAUCGGCGUGUGGAAGGAAGGAGGUAACGCGCGCGUUGUCAUGGUGAAUAAUCUGCGGCUCGCCGAAGGAACCUGGACGACGUCGUCCACGGGCACGGUUGCUGCCACCGGGCCAACUCUCGGUAGCGCCCAGGAGGUUUGGUUGAGGAUCGAGGCGGACAUCACCCCUGGGUUUAACACUAACACGGCUCGGACCGCGAUGUUCGCGUAUAGUCUUGACGGGAAGACCUUCACCAGGUUGGGACAGCUGUUUGCCAUGACCAACUCGUGGCGGUACUUUUCGGGGUACAGAUACGGCGUCUUCAACUUUGCCACGAAGGCGCUUGGCGGCGAGAUCAAGAUGAAGAGCUUCGAGACGGAGCUACUGUGAGCUACUAGUACCGGUACAGGUGCAUCUGGAUCAAGCACAUCCGAGUCGCUCUCGGGGUGGGUGAUGUGGGAUGGUAUGAGGGGCAUGUUAUGUUCUUGUACGGAAAACCUCGUAGUGUGAUCUCCGCUAUAGUUCUAGUAGGAGAUUGGGAUACUAGGUCUACAGGCCAAUGCAUUCCCCAAAAGUUGCCCUCAGCGAUUUCCGUUGUUGUGCAUUGUCCUGA